AUGAUGGAGGGGAAGGAUAACAUGCCUCCACCAGCGCCACUGGCUGUGAAAGAGGCACCAACACCAACACCACCACCACCGGCUGCAGGACGGUCCUAUAUUUUGCCGUCUCUCUUGUGGGAGGACAAACAGCUUGUGGGCCGUGCUGCCCCUGAUAUUUCUUCUGCGGUGGCAAUGAGUGCUGCCACGUUGAGUGGGCCUUGUUCCCCGGCUGAGCCUGGGAAAGUCGCGGCUGUCGGUAACGACGACACGGGUGGUAUGACAAUCUUUCCAGUGUGUGCUGAUGGAAAGUAUGGACAACGACAUCCCUUCCAAGAGCAGGUGAAUGCUCGCUCUUCUUCCAGUGAGGGUGAAGAUGACGUGAGGAGGAAUCACAGUGACAAUAUUCCCAAUAGUCCUGCAGUCGUAGGUGAGAAUUUACUUCGGCUUCUGCAGCAUUUGCCUGAUUCUGGGGAUGGGGCUCCGUGUCGCACAUGUGUGUCUUCUGGGGCAGGUGUAGUCGAAGACGAUGGGUGCGAUAUCGAACUUGUCAAAAAUGGUGAAGAAGAAUCUCUGGAUGACCUGUUCAUGUACCUGUUGUCAGUGCUUGAGCAAGUUGUGGAGGACUUCUUGUCCCGCUCUUUGCAUCGGGAAUGGAAGGCGAGGGGGCCUGGCAAAGGGUCGACCCAAUUAUCUCCGGCGAAGGAGGCGGCGCAACUCUGGUCGUUGGCGUGGUGCCAAGCGGAUCACCGCGAUAAAGAGGCAUGGCUUGCGUGGAAAUCUGCCAUUUAUCGUUCUUGGCGCCGCACCAAACGGGAGUGUGAUUCGCGCGAGCGCAGUGAGGCACUGAAUAUCGCCCUCUUUCAGCUGGAUCCUUCCAGCACCAUCUCGGCUAGAUACACAAUGAAUGCGUCUCGCCACAAAGCGGAACAGUCCCAGGCUGAGCGGCAUAGGGCGCUGAGAAAACUCCAUGCACUUGUAUACCGUGUGCUGUGUACGUGUCCUGCGCUUCUCCUUGACGAGCACACACAACAACUGGCUGCGACGACUAGUCUCAACUUGGACGCCGUGUGCCAGUGGAUACGUGCGCCGACAGACGAUGACGACGAUAAAGGUGAUGUCGCCGCUUACAUCCGUGGGCUUUGCCGUUGCGAAGAGGAUCCGGCAUGUAGCGCCGACUUCACAAAUAUAGAGGAAUUGGAAGGUUUAUUCGCUUCUGCAAGACGUGCACUGCUCGGCCGGUUUGAUGCGGGAGAAAAGCCACCGUCCUCGCUUAUGGUGGCGCCGCUGUCCUCUCCACUGCCGCAACCCUUUGCGGUAGUCCAUACGCCGGGCAGCCCAGAGCCCCGCUUCACGACUCCCACUACUCAACUUCUGCCCGCGUCUGUGCCGCGGUACGUUGAUCCCACUAUGAUGGAACCUCGGUCCUUAGGCGUCACCGCAUCGAGUUGGUCACCGAGCGCGCGCGCGCCCGAUUCGGCGAGGAAGCGUGCGUCGAUGAGUUCUGUCGUGCUGCCUGAUGACGCCAUGGCAUUCCUCUUAUCUUCUGCUCGUGUCGGCCACGAUACCCCAAAGUUAGGACGAGUCGGCCGAACUAAUGUGUGCAGUCUGGCGCGGCAGCAGGAAGAAUUGAAGGAUACCAGCAUCGUGUUGUCACCACAGGAACGGAACGCGGAUUCGGCACGACCAGUUAGGUACUUGCCUUCUGCGUUGAGAACUCCAAGGUCGGUGUCGUCGAGGUAG